AUGGGAUCUAAUGAUGUCACACAAGCAUGCUCUAAUAGUCUAAAUGGAAAACUCAAUCAGUUGUCAAUGGAACGAUCCCAGUGUACUAUCUACAGAGUACAUAAGCAUUUACGAAAUGUCAAUAUGAAGGCUUAUGAACCUGAAGUUAUAGCAAUUGGUCCUUAUCAUCGUAGUAAAGAUAACCUACAGAUGAUGGAAGAUCACAAGUUGUGUUACUUGCGUUUAAUUCUUGAACGUAAAGAAAUAAACAAUAUUGAAACAUAUGUCUCAGCUAUCGAACCACUUGAAGAAGAAGCACGCAAGUGUUACGCGGAGCCUAUUACCCUUAAUUCUCCCGAUUUUUUAGAAAUGUUGAUUUUAGAUGGUUGCUUCAUCAUUGAUUUGAAUUUUAGGGAAGACGAAGACAAUGAAAGGAGGAGAUGGCGGUUCAUUAAUAAUGCAACCGAGCUUAGAGAAGCUAAUGUGAAGUUUAAACGAACCGAGGGAGUUUCAUUGUUCGAUUUAAGGUUCGAAGAUGGAAAUAUGCUUUUGUCUCCUUUGACUAUUGAAGACAGGACAGAAUCGUUGUUCAGGAAUCUAGUGGCGUACGAGCAAUAUUUUGGAGACGGCCAAACUAAUUAUGUGACGGAUUAUGUGAAGUUCUUGGAUUGUCUUAUUGAUUCUUCGAGGGAUGUUGCAAUACUUUCACGCCAUGGGAUUAUUGAUAAUUGGUUAGGUGAUGAUGAAGUGGUUGCUAAUAUGUUUAAUAAACUUACUGACUCAGUUGCUGGCCCUGGAACUCAUUUCGUUUAUGCUAAUAUUUUUCAUGUGGUGAAUAAGCAUUGCAAUGGGCGGAGGAAUAGAUGGAUGGCUAAGUUAAGGAGGAACUAUUUGAAUAGCCCUUGGGCUGUUAUUUCUGUUCUUUUUGCUGUUUUGUUGCUUCUACUCACAGUCACACAGACUGUUUGUUCUAUACUGCAGGAGUGCGAGAGUACAACCCCCCCUUUAAAGGCUCAGGCUCAAUUAGUUUAG